CACUACCUUAUCCCAUGGAUUCAGAGCAAGGUGGACACCUUGGGGCCGAGCUGGGUCUGCUGGGAGCGUGUACACAGGAGGCCUCUCCAGAAAUCUAGUCAGCAGGGAGAGGGGAGGAAGAGGACGGCUGCCCCUCCUCUCGGAGGGAGCUGGUAGUGCUAAAACCUGGGACGCGGCCAGCACUCUGCCUGCAGCCAUGACCCCUCAGCCCGCCAUCCUCCUGGGCCUCGGGCUGUGCUUGGGCCAGCUGAUCCACCAGCUGUCAGGGGCCUGGUCCAAGCCAUCCAUCUCCGCCGAGCCGGGGCUGACCAUCCCCCUGGGGCAGAACAUGACCUUUGUGUGCCGGAGUCCUGAAACGUUCAGCCUCUUCCGCCUGCAGAAAGAGGGAAUCAAGGUGAAGGAUGAGAAGAACACUUCACUCAACCAGACCGAGAUGCGGUUCCCCAUGGGCCCAGUGGAGGCCAGCAUGGCCGGGCGGUACAGCUGUGUCUACCUUACUUCACAUGUCUGGUCUGACUACAGUGAAGCGCUGGAGCUGGUGGUAGCCCCGGAGGAGGUCACCCAGGCCUCCGACCCCGACUCGGCUGUGCCCUCAGGGUCCCCAAGCAGCAAAGGUGAAGGAUGGAAACCGCAGGAGAGGCCCGGCCGCCCUCAGCGCUUCGUAUUCUCUGCCUGCAGGCUCAGCAGGAACAUGGAGGACUUAGAGACGACACCAGACAACGCCAAGGUUGACAGGCUUGCUGGGAAGGACGCACAGGUGGAUCCGACUGUCCUGGCAGCAGGCAGUGGCCAGGAUGUGACCUACGCUCAGCUGGACCAGCGGGCACUCAUGCAGAGGGCGGCCCCGCCCAUGGAACCCUCAGCCGAAUCCAGCACGUAUGCGACCCUUGCUGGAUGCUGACCCUGUGCCCACAAGGUUCAUGUGUCUGAGGCCGCUGAGGUGGCCCAUGUGGGCAGGCGUGUGGAGGCGGACGUCAGCAAGACGCGCCUCGGAGGCUCCCUGACCAGGCACCUCAGUCUGCUGCUGCUCGGCUGCUUCCGGAGGCCCAGGUGUCACUGCCUGGCUGCUACAAGGACCCUGCUGGGGCUCAGGGGACUCUGGGCAGUGCUGCCUUCUCCUGGCUACCCUCAGAGC